AGCACGGCUUUACUUUCCUGCCCGUUCACCACCGCCUCCACUCGCCGGUUCUUAACGCCGCCGCCGUCUCCUCCGUGACUCCGCCCUCCCGUCGCCGCACGCCGCUGCGGCCGCCCACCCAGUAAUCAGGAUGCGGGUGAAGAAGCGCUCAAAGAACCGCAAAGCGGUCAAGUUCUACACCACCUGCUUCGGCUUCCGCGAGCCGUACAAGGUCCUCAUUGACGGUACCUUCGUCCACCACCUCCUCACCCAGCGCCUCCUCCCGGCCGACGAGACUCUCCGAGACCUCCUCUCGGCCUCCAGGACGCCAGCCCUCUUCACCUCCAAGUGCAUCAACGCAGAGCUCAGGCGACUCGGCAAGUCACAUGCCGAAUCCUUCGACAACGCGCAGCUGCUCGCCACAACCAAGUGUGAGCAUGACAAGGUGGUCAGUGCCGUGAACUGUGUCAUGUCACUGAUAGGUGAUAAAAAUCCUGAGCAUUUCUUCGUUGCCACCCAGGAUCCUGGUCUUCGAGAAAAGUUACGAGAGAUUCCUGGGGUUCCUGUGAUAUAUGGUCUGAAGAACUCCUUAUUCAUAGAACAACCCUCUGUGCAGCAACGCAAGUUUGCUCAAUUGGAUGAGGAGAAGCGUCUCAAUAUGGAUAUAUCUGAAUACAAGAAGUUACUGAAGGCUGCAUCAGAAGGAAAAACAGCUGCCAGUGAAAAUGGAAGUGACGGAGAACAACAUGAGAGGCCUAUCAGUUCUCUUGUAAAAAAUGCUCUUGGUGUUACUGACAAAAGCAAGUUUAAAAGGAACAAAGCAAAGGGUCCUAACCCACUCUCCUGUAAGAAGAAGAAACCAAAGCUCCCCACAGUUAUUCAAAACCAGGUAGCUACAGCUGAUGGCGAGGCGAAGAGAAAGAGGGUUCGGAAGCGGAAGAGGGGCAAAAAAGAUAACAAGCAAUUGGAGAGUGCGAACUAGAAUGAUGGGCUUGCGUAGGAAGUUUCAGUGCUCUUGCUAGACAACCAUCCUCACUCCUAAGCUAGUCAACCAACCAGGGAAGACUUCCUUUCUCCCACAGGAUUCAGGAUGUCAUGCCAUACCAUGCUCGUUACAUGUUGAAGAUGUUUCUUACAACGUAAUACUUGAUUGCUUAUGGUGAUCGUGAAUCCUGAUCUCUAGAGGAUGUUACUGGAUACUUUUUUGUAGCAAGAUGCAACAUUAAAUAUUUCUUUGAAGCAAAAGGUUGAUGCCAGUAGCUCUACCAGGCUCCUGUUUGCUUGGCUACAUGCGUGAUCCCAUUCUUUAAUUGUAAGACGUGCUUGUGGAGAAGGAAGUCAUGAACUGUUUAACUGGAAGCAAUUGUUCAUCUCACA